AUGAGCCUAAACGCGCUGAUAACUGGCAGUGAGGACUUGGAUGAGAAAAUAAGUGCCGAGGAGUUUAUCAAAACGCUGAAGAAGGUUGACAGUACCGAAUCAAAAAAGCCACAAAGUGGUGAAUCAACUGCAUCAGGAUCCACAGACAAGAUGGCCGCAUGUAAAUGUGACGAUGAUAAGAAGAAGCUCAUAGAGAAAAAAGCAAGUGGCAGCGAUUUACUUCUCAAAAUGCGAAGCCGCUUCCAGCAUCGCGCUACCGAACCUGUAUUUCAUACGCUUGCGAAUGCAGAGGCUAGGUACGUUCGGAAAACCAGCCUCGAGCAGCAACAGUCAGGAGACGGGGGAUCAGCAGACAACACAGUAAGGCUUCCGCAAAUCGAGACCUUGUCGAGUGAACGACGAACAGACUCUGCACCAGGCAAUGUGUCAGUUUCACAUAACAAGUAUCUCAAGGACAGCUGA